UGAACGUCAGCGACGGUGGAGGACGUCAUCUGCUUAGAACAUGUAGUCUAGUCAGUUAGUUAGCUCCAACGCCGCUUUAGCGUCCAUUUUUUGUAACAUUUAACUUUUAUUACGACCGACGCUGCAUAAAAGUGUCGGUUGGUGUCAAAUAUGUGUGAAAAACCUUAUCACGGUAGCUGCAAUUUGUCUAGAGAGCAGUUAAAAGUUACCGUGUGAAAAACAGCCGCAUUAGCUAGCCUGCUAGCUUGUCUAGCUAACCAACAGCUAGCCCUGCUGCGCUAGCGGUUAGCGACCGUGUCCACCGUGAAGCAGCCCAGUAAUUAGAUGUUCAGAGAGCGGCUUUGCGGUGAGAAAGUCAAGUCAUCGUCUGCUCGGUACGUGGCGCCUUGUGAGGGAAUAAUUACAUCCUGAGAAAAGCAGGUGGUGAGAGUCAUGGGGGCGUUCCUAGACAAGCCCAAGACAGAGAAGCACAAUGCACACGGUGAGGGCAAUGGCCUACGCUAUGGCCUGAGCAGCAUGCAAGGAUGGCGUGUGGAAAUGGAGGAUGCACAUACAGCCACUGUGGGCUUACCACAUGGCCUUGACGACUGGUCUUUUUUUGCUGUAUAUGAUGGCCAUGCAGGCUCACGUGUGGCCAACUACUGCUCCAAGCAUCUGCUAGAACACAUUGUGGCAGCAGCACCAGCCGGCGAGCUAGGCCGCAGUGUGGAGGCGGUGAAAAGUGGCGUGCGUGCUGGCUUCCUGUGCAUUGACGAGCACAUGCGUGGCUUUGCCGACCCGCGCAAUGGCCUCGAUCGCAGCGGCUCCACGGCCGUGGCUGUAAUGCUUUCACCCGAUCAUAUGUACUUCAUCAAUUGUGGUGACUCACGUGCGCUGCUUUGUCGUGAUGCGCGUGUUCGCUUUUCCACACUCGACCAUAAGCCAUGUGACCCACGUGAGAAAGAGCGCAUCCAGAAUGCCGGUGGGUCCGUCAUGAUCCAGCGUGUGAACGGCUCUCUGGCUGUGUCACGUGCUUUGGGCGACUAUGACUACAAGUGUGUGGAGGGCAAGGGCCCCACCGAGCAGCUGGUUUCUCCUGAGCCUGAGGUAUUUGAGAUUCCCCGUGUGCCAGAAGAGGACGAGUUUGUGGUGCUGGCCUGUGAUGGAAUAUGGGAUGUGAUGAGUAAUGAAGAGCUGUGUGCCUUUGUGCGUGCCAGGCUAGAGGUGUCUGAUGACUUGGAAAAAGUGUGCAAUGAGGUGGUGGACACAUGCCUUCACAAGGGAAGUCGAGAUAAUAUGAGUGUCGUGUUAGUGUGUUUGCCAAAUGCACCCAAAGUAUCAGAAGAAGCAGUGAAGAGAGACACGGAGUUGGAUAAGUUCCUUGAAUCUCGUGUGGAAGAACUCAUCGAGAAAGCAGGGGAAGAGGGAAUUCCUGAUCUGGUACAUAUCCUGAGAAACCUUGCCACAGAGAAUAUCCCUAACCUCCCACCAGGGGGAGGCCUCGCCAGCAAGCACAGUGUUAUCGAGGCUGUGUAUAACCGGCUCAAUCCCCAAAGAGACGAUGAUGGGAAUGCUGCAGACCUGGAGGACCCCUGGUAGCCGCCCACCAUGAGGGCCUAUGGCCUUAAAGGAUUCCUCUGUUUACGAGACACCCUUCAUACUUUUGUUCCCCCCCUUUUUAUGAAAUUUUCAGUUUAAUUUGGGUCAUCAGUAAUAAUUUGAAGUCCAGUGGCAAACAGUUUGCCCAACAGGAUUACAAACUACUUUUUUUUUUUUUUUUUGGCAAAAAAACUUUUGAGGGGAAAAAGAACUUUAGCUUUAGAAACUACAAAUCAAACCGUAAAGACAGAUUUUGUGUCCCCUAUCCCCUUUUGUGGUUGUUGGUGUUCUUGUUGAAACUUGGCUAUGGAGCAGUGCACGCCCAUAAGCGUUGUGGUGCCUUUUUCUAAGCAGCUACGGAUGGGAAACUUGGGCUGGUGGCUGUUUCAUAGCUUUCACACCCUGAGCACAAUAGAGCCACCAGGCAACUUGAGACCACUGCUACACUCUCGAGCCUGGGGGAUAUGGACCAUCAUUAGCUUUAAUCUGGAUUUCCAUGACUGACUAUUGCAUGUGGAACAUGUGUGGAGGACUUGCUACGUUACUACAUAACCUGUGUGGAAAAGUUUGAAGCUUGACAGCUUUUUUGCACCUUUUACAGCCGACUGCCAAUCCACAUGUGCUCUGAUAGAUGCUAAAGGAGAUGGACCGCAUCAAUAUUACUUCAUUCUGCAGUUUAGCAAUUUGGUUGUUAUAAGCUUUUAAACCUGCUGUUUCAGAGUGUGUGUAUAUAUAUAUAUAUAUAUAUAUAUAUAUAUAUAUAUAUAUAUAUAUAUAUAUAUAUAUAUAUAUAUAUAUAUAAUUUUCCUCCUCGAGUACAGUGUCAUUUAUGGCUUACUGUUUAAGAAGCAAUAGAGGUGACAAAGGUUAAUUAAUUUGUUAUUCUGUGUGAAAUCACUAGGGUUUGAUGUCACCCCUCUUCUUUUUUUUUUUUUUUUUUUUUUUUUUUAAAUAAAGGCUUGCAAUGAGAUUGUAAAGAAACAUCAGCUGUUUUAUAUUCACAUGUAAUAUUCACAUCAACUCCCAGUAAUUGAAAUUCUGUUGGCUCGACCUUACUAAAUAAAUGUCUGUAAACAUAUCAGAGGUUUAUUGAUGACACACCAGAUGACUGUUGGCUCACAUCCAGGUUUUUCAGUUCUUACCAAGUUAUCGAGCCUGAAAGUUGGCCUGAUUUGGAUGACAUUGAAAUGAAAGUUGAACAAUGAACAUGCAAAUAAUAGCCAUCUCACUUUCCUCUAUUAACAAGUGUGUGUACGUGUGUGUGUGUGUGAGAGAGAGAGAGAUUAAUGAAGUAAUAUGUGAAAUAUUUAAAGGGAAAUGACAAAGAUGCUGUUUAACAUCCUCUGUAAUUCCAGAGGUUUUAUGUUCAGAACUUAGUUUUGUUUAAAUGUUAUUAAACUAACUUUUGUGCCAGUAUGAAAUUAUUAUAUUUGAAAGUAUUCUAUAAGAAAUUGAAGAUGACUAUCAGAAAAAAUGACAGUUUAUUAGAUCCCCCCCCCCCCCCAGUUAUAAUGUCCUUGAUUUGUUCCCACUUUACAGCAGCCUCUAAAGUUUGAUCAAAAAACUUUCACGUGAUUUGACAUAGAAUGACCAGCAUGUAUGUGGCUGUGUGUUGGCCAGCAUAUGAAGAAGGAGAUUAUUUUGAACAUACUGAGAUCCUGGUUCCAAGUGAAGCCACACUACUACUCUGUUCAAAUCUUCUCUUUCAUAUCUCUGCCUUCCCCAAGUUUUGACUUUUACAAUGGACAACAGAACCACUGAACCACCUGCCUCCCUCCCCUCCUCAGAGUGUAUUGUAAAAUGACAUGAUUUCUUUUUUUUUCUGUUUUUGUUUGCUUAGCUGAACAUGAAUACAAGCUUUAUGAUGAAUUUGCGUAUUAUUUUUAAACUUGCCGUACAAGUGUAAUACUUUUGUUUUGCUCAAAUGCAUUUUCAAGAGUCACAGAUGACUGCAGUCGUGGCUAAUGGCGAACUCGAGCAGAACAAUAAAGAUCAACUAAAAAGCUGUUACUCA